AAACACAGAAAGAUAAGAGGGAGAACCCAUGAAGAUUGUUACUAUUAGGCUUGAAUUUUGUUCUUUUCACUUUGGUUUUUAAUUCUCCUUUAUUUCUCUCCCUUUCACUUCAUUAAACAAUGAAAAUGGCAGAUUCCCAAUCAUCCUUUCCCCUCUAUAGGAAACACUCAUCAUUGCUCCCAGCCAUUCUUUUUUGCCAUGGAAACCUGAGCUUUUAAGUAAUUCCCUUCUUCUUCUUUUUCUUCUUCUUUCAUCUUUCAAUUUAAAUAUCUCUCCUUUAUCACUUUCUCUCCUAUAACUUAUUCCCCUCUCAUUACCUUUUUUUUACGAUGGAUCCUUCAUCCACCACGACCUCUGUCAAUGGCUUCUACUCGUUUCUCACUCGUGGGAUUGAUGAUCUUGAACGCUCUUUCCUCUCCAACAACUUCAUGUCAAUUCAAUUCCUUCAAAGGGCUCUCUUCUUACUUCGAUCCUUCCAUACCCAAUUAACAAUUCUAGUUCAAAAGCUUCAUUUACCUGUGGGAGAAAAAUGGCUGGACGAGUACAUGGAUGAAAGUUCAAGGCUUUGGGAGGCUUGUCAUGUCCUCAAGGCAGGAAUCUCAGGCAUGGAGAAUUACCAUUCUGCAGGAGCUGAGAUUGCUUCAACCCUCGAUAGUCAUCGUAAUCUGAACCCACAGCUCUUUCGUCAGAUUAGCAGGGCAAUCUCCGGAUGUCGCAGAGAAGUUGUGGGUUUGGAAGAAGAAAACAGGGCUUUAAUGGAGAACAGAAUCCAACCUCUAUCUCUGAGGCUGGAUGAGAAGGUCUCGAUUGAAUCCAGGCUCAAUGGGUUCUAUGGUUUCCGUGCCGUUCUCUAUGCAAUGAGGAACGUGAGCUCACUUCUUCUGAUGAUCUUGCUCUGUGGAUUGGUUUAUUGUUGGCCAGAAUCAAGCUUCAGACGAGGAGGUUAUGAGGGUUGUUUAUUCUUCGGAUCGGCUUUCAUGGUGUCCAUGGCAAGGUUACAGCAGAGAGUAGCAACUGAGAUCAAUCGGAUCGAUGGGAGACCUGGGAUUCUUCUGUACGAAUUCAGGAGGGCAAGGGUAGCCAUGGAUGAGCUUAGAGCAGAACUGGAAAGGAGGGCUACUCAAGGAGGACUUGCAGACUGUGAAUCUGAAGUUGGAAUCCGGGAAAGUGUGGAGAACUUAAAGGGCUGUUUUGGAGUGUUGAGAUCUGGGGUUGAAAGCAUCAUUGGUCAGCUUGAUGAUUUCUUUGAUGAAAUUGUUGAGGGAAGGAAGAAGCUUUCAGACAUUUGCAGUCACAGGUAGCAAGAGAGAGAGAGAGAGAGUGAGAGAGAUGUUAAAUAGAAAAGGGGGAAAAAGAAGCAGUUGUUGGGGGGUGAUUGAUCUGUUUAGUGACCCUGUUUCUUUAUUUUUGCUAUGUACUUUUUCUUGUGUUCUCUCUUUGUUUGCAGCUACUACAGUUGAAGAUUUUGAAGAUGUUUUGAUGAAGAACACUCUGAAGGAGAGAAAUUUUGGGGAAGAAGAUAUUAAAUAAAAUAAAAAUCUGGUAUGAAUUUCAUGGAAGGUAACAUCAUUGUCCAAGAGAAACAAGAAGGAGAAAGAAGAAAAUCAGACAAGCUUCAACAGAAAGCCUAAGUAUCCACAUCCCUCUCAACAACCUCACUCCAAGCAAAGCAAAACAACGGCUUUCUUCUACUUUGUAAAAGGAAAUAUAAUAUAAUAUUAUUAAAAAGAAAAGGAAAGGAAGCUUCUUGACUUC